GAUUUAUAGGGCAUGGCCGCGAAUGUUGAAGCCCAGCUCAAAGAUCCAGAGUAUGAUACUCAAGUUCAUCAGGUAAGGGAUCCUAAUGCCCGUCCUGAGGCUUUCAAAUCUACCUUUCAGGAGGUUCUUUGCGUAAUUGUUGUUUGCCUUGCGGUGGCAACCAGUUCAAUUCCCGAGGGCAGUUUCCAGACAAGCCUUACGAAUCUGGCCAACAGCUUUGAAGUCAACGGGGGCCAGCUGGUGUGGAGCGUUUCAUCAAUUGUGCUCUCCAGUGGAAGCUUUCUACUCAUUGGUGGUAAGUUGACCGACUGUUUCGGCCGACGUCGCGUGAUGCUCUUUUGCUUCUCAGGCUUCACGCUGGCAUCGCUGGUUGCAGGAUUCAUGAAGAACUUCAUCGGUCUGGUCAUUCUCAGGGCCGUUGAGGGUCUGUUUUUUGCGCCUUUGAUUCCUGCGGGUGCCGGUCUGAUAGGAUCGUUGUAUAAAGAGUCGCGACGGCGGAACGUUGCGUUUGCCGUGUUCUCCAGUGGUGGUGCCAUCGGAUACAUAGCUGGUCUUCUGAUCGGAGGCGUGUCUGUGACGGCGUUCAGCUGGAGGGCAGUUCAAUUUUUCACUGCUAUAUUUUUUGGGGCAGUGACUAUAGUGGCAUAUUUUGUGGUCCCCAAAGACAAGCCAUUGGACAAGAUUACGGUCAAGCAAACGUUGCUGAAGCUGGACUAUCUUGGGUCUUUUUUGAUUCUCUCCGCAUUUGCACUGAUCUCGUUUUCGCUAACCCAGGUCGACGCAGCAAAACGUAGAUGGCACACACCUUACAUCUACUCUCUCUUAAUCGUUGGAAUUUUUUUGCUAGGAGUUUUCAUCCUGGUGGAGCUGUACGUGGCGCACGAUCCGAUCAUGCCGAUGCAGCUCUGGAGAAACAACAAUUUCGUCCUGUCCAUGGUGGUGGCAUCGCUCACAUGGGUCACGUUUAUCGGGUGUCUGGGUUACUACCCUAUGCUUUAUUUCCAGGAUAUAAAAAAUUGGGGAGCGCUGCACACGGCACUUGCAGCCAUGCCGAUGGGGGUGAGCGGCAUCUUUACAAACCUAUUUGUUGCGGUGUCGUUCCACGUGAUCUCGGGUAAAAUUAUGCUUAUAGGCGGGAAUCUUUGCAUUCUGGGUGCUAGCAUUAUCUGGGCUACCAUGGGCUACCACAGAAAUUACUGGCUGGGCCCGUUUUGGGGGUACAUUCUGUCAGCCGUUGCGUGCGACAUCACGUAUAACGUGUGUACGAUGGUGACCAUGUCUGCCGUGGAUGUGAAAGAUCAAGGGUCGGCAGCAGGAGUGUUCAACACAAUUCUUCAAUUAGUCACUGUGGUGGGGCUCAGUUUGGGCUCAGUUUUAAUUUCGGCCCGAGAUCCGUAUUAUGGAAAGUCGGAACAAAAUUUAUAUCCAGAGCUCCUGUUUUACGGCAUACGAAACGUCUUCUAUCUAGCAAUUGGGUUCAGUGGGGCAGCACUGAUCAUCUCGUUUUUCGUCAACGUGGGCACUUCGGGCAGUGCUAAGGCUUUGAAUAAAGAGGAGCCCUGCCAAGAGCGCUAGUGUCCGGCUAUAGCCGGUUCGGAAAAAAAUUUUGCGCCGGCAACUUCUUUUCCCCUGCUGCAUAGUUAUCCACCCGAAACAGAAAUCUCUUCUCCCAAACUGUAUAAUGUUAAGUCCGCAACACCGAUCAGUUCGGAGUUAGUUAUUGUCCUCCGGGAUUGCUGCUUGUCGGCACGGCGUGGUUCUGUUUCUGCCGUCAAAUUUUUUUUUACACCAGUUUGUUUAUUUCUCGCAUUAUUAAUUCUCUUUUUUUUUCCGCAUACUUCUAAUUAAGGCUCAGCACAGGUGGAGAAUUACGUCUUUAGUUGUUUUUCCAAUAUGAGUUCUUCCCGUACGCACUCUUUGAGCUCGUCUUAUAAUAACACUGAAUCGUUCUACACCGCAGAGUCCACGAGCGAUGCCGAUGGCUCGUCUCAGGCCGAAAAUCUGCCUGGAGAUAACACCAUCUCCCAGGACUCGGAGGCCAAAUCCAGUGCCUCGACGUUAGAUCAAGACCCUCUCGGCCAUGACGCCUAUGCUGCCCAGCCUGCCAAAUAUGAACCUCAUGCACUCAACGAGGACAAUUUUCCUCCUGACCUAGAACCUAAUUCUCGUAGAGAGUCGAUUACUGAGGUUUCCAGGGAGUUGUCUAGAGUGCUCACGAACGCCAGGUCCAUUGAGGACAGGAUAAAGAAACAGGAAGAGGCGGGUGUGCCUAUUCCUCCGAUGGGUGGUGGCAAGGAUUAUCCACCUAUGCUGCCCGAUAAGGAGCCUUAUGUGGUCGCUUUCGACGGUGAAAACGAUCCUUUCCAUCCACAUAACUGGCCAUUAAAGACAAAAGUUAUCCAGUGCGCAAUCAUUGGCGCAGAUACAUUCUGUAUUGCGUUUGGCUCAGCCGUUUUCUCUGAAGGAGUCCCUGAGAUCGCUGCCCAAUAUCACGUGGCCCCUGUCGUUGCCACGCUGGGUAUCACCCUGUAUGUUCUUGGUUUUGCAACAGGACCUGUGGUCUGGGCUCCUCUGUCCGAAUUGUACGGUAGAAGGCCUGUGAUGCUUAUUUCCUCGGUUGCAUUUGCUGCCUUCAAUUUCGCAGUCGCAUGUUCCGAUAGACUAGAGUCGAUUUUGAUUUGCAGGUUCUUCGCUGGCUGUUUGGGAGCGGCACCAAUGGUGGUUGCUCCGGCUGGUUUUGCAGACAUGUUUGGCAACCGCACGAGAGGUACAGCAAUGGUGGUGUUUUCGAUGGCUGUGUUUGUUGGCCCAUUACUGGCUCCGUUCAUUGGAGGUUUUAUCGUGGCUAACUCAAGUCUUGGCUGGAGAUGGACCGAAUUCAUCACCGGCAUCCUUGCAUCGGCGAACGUGGCUCUGGUCGUCCUAUUUAUGAGAGAAACACAUCAUCCGAUUUUGUUGGUCGAAAAAGCCAGAGAAAUCAAGAGACGUACUAAUAACUGGGGUAUUCAUGCUCCCCACGACGAGUUCCAGCUCAGUGUCAGAGAAAUCGUUGAGAACAAUCUUUCCAGACCGCUCAAGAUGCUUUUCACGGAGCCGAUCAUUUUCUUCAUCAGUGUGUACAAUGCUUUCAUCUACGGCAUGUUGUACCUUUUUUUGACUGCAUACCCAUUUGUCUUCCAGGAAGGAUACAAAAUGGCUCCCGGUGUUGCCGAAUUGCCAUAUUUUGGAAUGGUGAUUGGCGAGGUCUUGGGGGGUUGUUUCUGUAUCUACCAUGAGAAAGGUUACGUUCGUGCUUUGGAAGCAAAUAACGGAAAAAUUGUCCCAGAAGCCAGACUCCCAACCAUCAUCUGGGGUGGUGUGGCCUUUCCUAUUGGUAUUCUGUGGUUUACUUGGACAGGUAACUACCACGAUGACAUCCAUUGGAUUGUGCCAACCGUUUCUGGUCUCUUCACCGGUUUCGGUCUCAUGGGAAUCUUUAUUCCAAGUAUGAACUAUAUCAUCGAUAGCUACCUGAUUUUUGCCGCCUCUGCCAUGGCUGCCAACACAUUCUUGAGAUCCUCGUUUGGUGCUGUCUUCCCGCUGUUUGCUUCCUUCAUGUUCCAAAACAUGCACACCAACUGGGCAGGUCUUCUUCUUGGCCUUUUCUCUAUACUUCUGAUUGCCUGCCCAAUUCUUUUCGUCAUAUAUGGAAAGAAGCUCAGACAGAAGUCCAAGUAUGCAUUUGAUCUCUAAUUGGAGAUCAUACUCGUUAUUAUACUACAGCAUUGUUCAUAAUUGCGAAUCUGAAUUUAAUUUAUCGUAAACAACUGUAUGCCCAACCGCGACCCUUACAACAUCUUCAUGCUAUAUUCGCUCACAUCGCUAUCGCUGCGUUCUCUUUUCUCGCCUCCAAAUUCAGGAGAGCAAGGCGACACUCCCUGAAUGACAAAUGGUGCACUCACAGAGUUUGACAAGUCCAAGUAUCUGUUUUGUGUCGGUCUUGUGCUAGGAGGCAACAACUCUUCGAUCUUGACGUCUUGGCUUUCGUUCAAAGAAGAAUUGACGCUUUUCAUUAAUUCCACGGCUUCCAUAGCUAAAAUAUUCUAGAGAUGAUCUUU